AUGAAGCUCGUCAGGUUUUUGAUGAAGCUCAAUAAUGAAACCGUUACGAUCGAACUGAAGAACGGUUCUGUCGUGCACGGCACUAUUACUGGCGUCGAUAUGCAGAUGAACACACACUUGAAAACGGUGAAGAUGACUGCUCGCAACCGCGAGCCGACUUCUCUCGAUUCACUAUCGAUCCGGGGAAACAAUAUCCGCUACUUUGUCCUACCGGACGCGUUGCCACUGGACACUCUAAAGAUGAUGCGCGAGGUCGAGGCCGCGGCAGGGGUGGGGAUCGCGGGGGAGGCGGGCGGAGUCGAGGAAGAGGACGGGGUCGAGGCAGGGGAUUCUGAUCUCUGCAGUCUCUGUACGGGUUUUCUUCCUCCUACCAUUCGCCAGCUGCUCUCGCCUUCUAACGCGGAGCUGUGCUCCCCCGUGCGUGUAAAUGGCUGGGUGAAAUCAGUCAGACGACAAAAGAAUGUUGCCUUUGCAGUAAUCUCUGACGGCAGCUCUGAACGAGGCCUGCAAGCCGUUUUCACAGACCCUAGUCUAACCAGACAAUUAACUAGUGGGACCAGCGUACGUUUAGAUGGUAUACUCGCGCAAAGCCCCGGGCGUGGCCAGGACAGAGAGCUGCGCGUUGACACCGUAGAGGUCUUAGGCAAGUCUGAUCAGACUACUUAUCCAAUCCAGAAGCAAGCAUUGCCGGUGGAAUAUCUACGAGACCAUUGUCAUCUUCGAGCCCGAACAGAUGGUAUCGCGUCCAUGCUCCGGCUUCGCCAUAGAGCUUCACGAUCUCUCCAUAAUUUUUUCGAGGCACGAGAUUUUUGUUUUGUCCACACUCCCAUCGUGACUUCCAACGACUGUGAGGGAGCUGGCGAGACCUUUCGGAUCGCGUCUCCAAAUAUACACCAGCAACAGACUCCUUCCACCUCCCCCGACGCAGAUGAAUUCUUUGGUAAACCUGCGUAUCUGACUGUGUCAUCUCAGUUGCAUCUGGAGGCUAUGGCAGCUGCCAUGUCACGAGUCUACACGCUAUCUCCUUGUUUUCGUGCGGAGCGAUCGCAAACUAACCGCCAUUUAUCCGAGUUCUGGAUGCUCGAAGCUGAAUGGGCAUUCACAGAAACCGUCGAUGACGUCUGUCAGAUUGUAGAGGCCGCGCUAAAACACGUGCUCGAGGAGGCGGGCGAUUUAAGCCCACAAUCAGCGGAAUAUAACGAGCAGGUGCCAAAGCUCCUUGAAUCAGCGAAGUUGACAGAGAGAUGGGCAAGAAUCACCUAUGACGAGGCCAUCUCAGAACUUGCCAAAUUUCAUGCAUCAACUCGAAAAUUCGUAUUUGAACCGGCAUGGGGAAGGGCGCUGCAAAGCGAGCACGAACGAUGGAUAGCUGAAAAACUCGUCGGCGGACCGACAUUCGUGAUAAACUAUCCUGCAUCUUUGAAACCAUUCUACAUGCGACUCAAUGAUGAUUCAAGAACGGUAGCCUGCUUUGAUUUGCUUGUACCACACCUCGGCGAGCUUGUAGGAGGGUCGCUUCGUGAAGAGCGGGAGGAGCAUUUGCGAGAAGCAUUUAAUCGGCAUGGUAUGAACCAGGCAGAGUACGACUGGUAUUUGGACUUGCGGAAGUAUGGGAGUGCUCCCCAUGGUGGAUUUGGGCUUGGCUUCGAGCGACUCAUCAGCUGGAUGGGCGGAAUUGACAAUUUGUCUCUUGCGGACGACGUAUUAGAAGAACGUCGGCCAGACAGUGCGAUUGACUCGGACGGCGGCGAAAGCGUAGCGGAAGAGGAUAACGACGAAAGCACAAGGCCGAGUGCUAUCCCUGUUUCAAUGGCCAUGUGGGAUUUUGGUCACUGUGAUCCUCGGCGCUGCUCUGGUAGAAAAUUGUUACAUCUCGGUCUCAUUGAGGAGCUAAAGAUUGGCCAACGUUUCCGCGGCAUCGUCGUGACACCGCGAGGUUCGCAGCUGGUCAGUCCAUCGGAUCGAGAAAUUGUAUUACAGCAUGGCAUCGCAGUCGUGGAGUGUUCGUGGGCUAGAAUUGAUGAGAUACCAUUCAGAAGAUUAGCGAGUCCUCACGAGCGGAUAUUACCCUAUCUUGUGGCUGCCAAUCCCGUCAACUACGGAAAACCCUGGAAGCUGAACUGUGCUGAAGCCAUUGCAGCUGCAUUUUACAUUGUGGGGUUACAUGCUUUUGCAGACAGCUUACUCAGUAACUUUAGCUGGGGCUUGUCGUUCUGGAAUAUCAACAAGUGA